CCCGAAAGGAAAUUUGGUAGUCAAUGACUGUUUCCGGGGGGAGCUGAGAAGGUGAGUCUCACUUCCGGCGGAGGGAGGCUUUCUGACCCGGGAUGGAGGAGGCGAAGGAGCUGCCCUUGGAGUGGGAGAGACUGCAGUUCGCCCCCGAUCCACGCCUGGGCCCGGACUCAGGAUGGAGCCCUUCCAGAGAAGGCUGUGCACAGGGACUCAAAGACCUCUCGCCCGGACCCACCCGAGCCAUCCUCGCUCUAAAGAGCCUCCCGCGGGGCUUGGCCCUUGGCCCCUCACUCAUCAAGGAGCAGCGCUUGGGGGUCUGGUGUGUUGGGGAACCCUUGCAGCCAGGACUGCUCUGGGGGCCACUGGAAGAGGAGUCUGUCUCCGAGCAGAAGGGCCAUGGAAUGAAACCAAAGCAGAAGGAGGACGUGUCACUAGGCCCAUGGGGAGAUGUGUGUGCUUGUGAGCAGAGUUCAGGCUGGACUAGUUUGGUGCAGCGGGGAAGGCUGGAGGGUGAGGGAAACGUGGCCCCAGUGCGGAUCAGCGAGAGGCUCCACCUGCAGGUGUACCGGGUCGUGCUGCCAGGUUUUGAGCUGCUGAUGUGGCCCCAGCCUCCCUCGGAGGGCCUGAGCCCCACCCAGCCCAGGCUAGAGGAAGAGGCAUCCUUGGCUGUGGUGACAGAAGUGGAGUCUGCUGUACAACAGGAAGUGGCCUCCCCCAGGGAGGAUGCAGCAGAACCUUGCAUGGAUCCUGGUCACCAGUCACAGCCCUGCAUCCAGGCGGUGAGCCCUGGACUUAAGCCCCGAAUCCAGGACGAAGUUUCCAAGGAGAGCGAGCCACUCGGCCCAUUGCCUCAGGAUGGCCGUGUAGAUGAGGAGGACCCACCCCAGACCCAGAUGCCACCUGAACCUCAGAGCAGCUCCACUCCCCAGCAGGGCCCUGAGAGCAGUGAGGCCAGUUCCUCAUCUUCUGCCAGGGGCCCCCAGCUGCGUGCUUACCUAGUCAGGAAGUUGCGUAGCCCCAGUGAUCAACGGCCACCCAGAGUGAAGACCUCAGAGCCCGGGGCCCAGCAGAGUGGAGAGCAGCAGCACCCUGGCUUCCCCGCAUGCUUGCGGAGCGCCCCUGGCCCGGUGGGAGGCUCUCCGAAGCGGGGGCGACGGUACCGCUGUGCCGAGUGUGGCAAGGCCUUCCUGCAGCUGUGCCACUUGAAGAAGCAUGCAUUCGUGCACACGGGCCACAAGCCCUUCCUUUGCACCGAGUGUGGCAAGAGCUACAGCUCAGAGGAGAGCUUCAAAGCCCACAUGCUGGGCCACCGUGGGGUGCGGCCAUUCCCCUGCCCUCAGUGCACCAAGGCCUACGGCACCCGGCGAGACCUCAGAGAGCACCAGGUUGUACACUCAGGUGCCCGGCCCUUUGCUUGCGACCAGUGUGGCAAGGCCUUCGCCCGCCGGCCCUCCCUGCGGCUACAUCGCAAGACACACCAGGUGCCAGCGACCCCUGCCCCGUGCCCGUGCCCUGUGUGCGGGCGGCCCCUGGCCAACCAGGGCUCCCUGCGGAACCACAUGCGGCUCCACACGGGGGAGAAACCCUUCCUGUGCCCACACUGCGGCCGGGCGUUCCGCCAGCGGGGCAGCCUGCGCGGGCACCUGCGGCUGCACACAGGGGAGCGCCCUUACCGCUGCCCACACUGCGCUGAAGCCUUCCCCCAGCUGCCUGAACUGCGGCGCCACCUCAUCUCCCACACCGGGGAGGCCCACCUGUGCCCCGUGUGUGGGAAGGCCCUCCGGGACCCCCACACGCUGCGCGCGCACGAGCGCUUGCACUCAGGCGAGAGGCCCUUCCCGUGCCCCCAGUGCGGCCGUGCUUACACGCUGGCGACCAAGCUGAGGCGCCACCUCAAAUCCCACCUGGCCGACAAGCCCUACCGCUGCCCCACCUGUGGCAUGGGCUACACUCUCCUCCAAAGCCUCAAGCGGCACCAGCUCAGUCAUCAGCCCGAGGCACCCUCCAGCCCACCCUGUGUGCCGCCUGCCUCUUCUGAGCCCACCGUGGUGCUCCUGCAGACCGAGCCAGAACUACUGGACACGUGCAGUGAACGGGGCGGGUCCCCAGCCCCGGACGUCUUCGAGGUCACCCUUUCCGAGAGCCAGGAUAAGUGCUUUGUGGUGCCCGAGGAGCCAGGUCCUGCUCCCAGCCUGGUGCUCAUCCAUAAGGACAUGGGCUUUAGCACCUGGGCAGAAGUGGUAGAGGUGGAGACGGGCACCUGACCACCCUCACCUUCCCUCAGCAGAGCUCUGUAUAAAGACUGGUGUUUCUGAGCUUGGGUGUCUGGAUCUUUCUCUUUGGGUUCCCUGAUAGAGACUAGUGUAUGAGAAGCAGGUCGAGGACUCCCCUUCCUGCUUAUGGAUGACCACUUUGUUUCCCAAGACUCUUAAUAAGGUAAACCACUUCUAGAUGUGAGAUCUUUUUAUCAGCUUCCAGGAGAGCUUGUCCUGCCACCCUCCCUGGGAACUCCUCAAGGUGCUUGUUCUUUAAACGUUGUGGAAGUGACCCUGCCCAGUGAGGUAGCCAGGUCGCAGGCAGCACUAUUGCCCUGCUGGCGUGCUUAGUGCUGGAAUAGUCACUCCCAUCCAGCUCCCUGAAGGACAAGCAUUUCUAUUUGGAACCAAACGGAAUGACUUGUGAAGGUUAAAAGGCCAGAGACGCUCCGCUGACAAGUCUCUGAGUCAGGCGUUAGAUUAUUUGGGCAGCUUUUCUCACCACCGAAGGCCUGUGAGGUUGGUUUUUGUUCUGUGCUGAAGGACACCAGACUCAUUGGAGGUGGUUAGGGCGGGUCUGCACCCUUGUUUGUAUCUGGCCGAAGGCAGCCCUGUUGAGGGAAAGAGCGAGGAAUGAACAUGUGUUUCAUGUUUCAUCAGCUGCGGGCCUGGCCUGCCGGAGGUGCUGGGGACGCAGCUGUGGACAAGACAGAGGCAGCGCCCUUUACAGAGCUCAGGUCUACAUGGGGCAAAGAAUGACAGUAAGAGUUUAAAGAGGAGCACUCCCCGGUGCUGUGGGUGUGUUUAGUGGGAUGGGUUCACUUGUGGGCAUCAGGGAAGGUGUCCCCAAGAAAUUAUAAUGAUAAUAAACAGCAUUUGUUGUGGGCCAGUC